UCCGCCGGCGGCUGCGCGCGCCUCUCCCCUUCCUCCUCGUCCUCCUCCUCUCCCGCCGCUGCCGCUGCCCCCGCGGCAGGGAUGGAGGCCAUCGAGGAGCUGGCGGUCCAGCCCUGCACCUCCUCCCUCUACCUGCGGCCUUUCCGCCUCUCUUACCGGCAGAAUGGCACAAAGAAGUUCUGGGAUUUUAUGAGGACACAUGACAGUGUGUCAAUCCUGAUCUUUAAUACUUCUCGGCAGUGCUUUGUUGUGGUGAAGCAGUUCCGCCCAGCUGUUUACAUGUGUGAAAUAGAAAGGCAUCAGCCUCAAGUGUUUGAGAAUCAGGACAAGGAGAGUUUCCCUUCCCUGGAAAAUCCCUUACCUGCUGUGGUUGGAGUGACCUAUGAACUCUGUGCUGGCAUUGUGGACAAGCCAGGCCUUUCUUUAGAAGAAAUUGCUUGUGAGGAAGUUUUGGAAGAGUGUGGCUAUCGUGUUUCCACUGCAGACCUCAGGAGGAUCACUUCUUACAGGUCUGGAGUUGGUGUGACAGGUUCUAGGCAGACUUUGUUUUAUGCAGAAGUAAAUGACCAGAUGAGAACCAGUGGAGGAGGUGGCCAGCCUGAAGAAGGAGAGCUGAUAGAAGUUGUGGAAAUUCCUUUAGGAGAAUCCAUGAAGUUUGCUUAUGAUGAGACUUUCCCGAAGACAAUGGGUGUCAUCUUCAGCUUCAUGUGGUUCCACAACAACAUAGCACCUAAACUACCCAAAAAGUAAAGCACCAUGAUUUUAAGGAAGGCUUUUCUGCUGGUGCUGUGCCUGCAGAAAGCUGCAAAUCUGCCUGCCUCAAUCAACUCAACUUCUCACAGGACAAAGUUUUCUUUAAAUAAACUUAGAAGUAUAAUCUGAAUUAAAAUCUUCACACAAUUUCCAUUAUUAGCAAAACACUAACUGGAAUCGCUGGGGCCAGGAUUUGCCUUGGAGAGGCAAAUGUUGAUUUUUGUGCAGUGAAAAACCAAAUGUUGAUUUUUGUGCAGUUAAUUGAAUGUGUCCAGAUCUCCUUUCUCACAGCACUGUUUUGAGGAGCUGCCCAAGCCCUCAGCACAGCUGCCCCAGGAGCCUCUCACCGUGUCUGUACAUACUGGCAAUAUGUUUUCAUUGUCAGUUUUGAUAUUUUUUUUGAAGAAAGCAGCAAACCUUAAUAGUCACAGGUACCUUAACAAGGUUCCUGAGUUCAGCACAGCUUUCAGGGAGCAGCUUUCUCUGUGUGUGUGGCUCCUGUGCAGAGGAGGCCUUUGCAUUUCUGAACAUGCAAACCUUUAUUUCAUAAGCAAACAGUAAAUCUGGAAAUCCUGCUAACGUGUCACUCUGACAGUGCAGCAGCUGUAAGGGGAUGUGCUCCUGUUUGUUCCCAUCACAAUGCUGGGCAGCAGUGAUGGUGAUGGAGGGGUGAAGGAUGGGGGCUUCUGCUGGAACACAUGCUGCUUUGUUUGCUUUAUGGGCAAUAGUUGAUAAAUCAGAUCAAACUUUGUCCCCUAGAGCAGGACCAGAGAGGCCGAAUUCUUUUAAUUUGACAAUGAGGUGAUUACCACAAGGGAUUGCUCUGAGGUUGCUGUGGUCUCAAUUUCCUUACCACCAAAUGGGAGGAAUGGGACUUACCCCUCAGAUAACACUUCUUGGAAUCUAAUGAUUGGAAGUGCUUUAUUGUGAUUUUAUCAUCAUUUGUGCAGUUUACAUGAAAGCCUGUGCAACCUGCACAGACAUCCUGAGGAAUGGCUUUUUAAAUCAACAUCUUGAUUUAAUAAUUCGAUUUAAUUUGAUUUAAUAAAGUGGUCUAAUUAGAACAUAUAGUACUUGUUCUAUCAGUGCAGUUUGGAUGUGGAGUGUUUGUCAUGUGAAACUGUUAAGAGCAUGAAUGAAACAGAAUGAAGUCUGGCAAUUUAAUUAUGCACUGGGUUAUGUUAUUCACUGACUUAAUCAACAUGCCCACAUUAUAAAUGCCUCCAGGAGUACUGAGGUGCUAAGUGUGUUUAGAAGAGAACUGCAAAUAUGCAAACUCGAACUUAACAGCUGAAAUAAAUGCAGCAGAGGUGUCUGAUGGUGUCCAGUGGCUGAUUUUAAAUCACUGCUUAUCUCAAUAGAUGUAUAAAUAUAAAAGUUUUUUUUUAAAAAAGGGCAUUUAGAAUUGCUGCUUGCUGGUUGUCCUCCUGAUAGGGAGGAAAGGUCCUUGGAAAGCCACUGAAGAAGAAGCAGCCUCUGCCUGUGGAGUCAGGCUAUUUGUGGAAGUUCAGACACAGCUGUGUUGAGCUGGGCCUGGUCCAUGGUGAGUCAAGGGCUGAGUUAUUGUGAGAAGCAAAUAAAUUCUGUCUGUCUGAUGUAUUUACACUGGAAGGUGUUUCAAGGUGGGGUCUCCACUGCUCUGUCUAGUACAGUGUGUCCUGAUUGCUGCUGAGGCCUUUAUGAACUGCUACAGUCCAUAGAAUAAAUAAUGCCUUUUAUUCCAGGCUGUAAUAACCAAAGUUUCUGUUUUAUUCCACCAAAAUUGCUGGUCACACAGUAGCUUGUGUGCAUACAUGUCAAAAGUCUUUUUUCUGUAUAAUGCAGAAAUUGGGAAAAAUAAAAUAUUUUGCCCCUCUAA